AUGCACUGCAGCAUUACUGCAGCACAGAAACCUCCCUCUCCGACUUCAACAGCUGUCGCAGAAAUGGUGGGUGAGAAAAGUGCUCGGAUUGGAAACUCUUUGUCACCACAGUCUCCAUCCUCACCGCUGCCCAACGUAACUACGACAUCGCCUGCUGUGGCAAAAAUCAAGUGGGACCAGAGUUUGGCAAUCAUAGAGGCCAGUAUUGUCGAAGCCUUUGAUACACUAGCGACGUUGUUCGGAGAAGGGUUUUCAGGCUUAAAUGCAGAAGAUCACGCGAUCUACUUGCAGAUGAAGGAAGCUUUCCGUAUCGCCGACAUGCACCGUCGCGAUGCAGCAGAUAUCUCGGAGCUUGGUCUUUUGCUGAAAAAGCUCAUGCUGUACGCUGGUAACCAAGGCAUCGAAGGAAUGGAACAGUAUGUGGACGAAUACAUGCUGUUAGUGGACAAGGACAUCGACACUAAAGUUUCUUCGACGGCAAAGUUUCUUUCGGCGAAAUCAUGCAGGCGCUGA